UCUACUCACCUUUUGCCCUGCUUCAUUCAAGAUGCCUGCAGCCGGCCCCAUGGACGACCAAUGGGUCUCCUUCCACAUCCGGGACCACCUGGACAAGGGCGAGAUCUCCGUCCGUCACACCGUCAUCGAAGGUGGUGAAUUCCACGACCCCAAUAACCGCAGACAGUCCCUCACCGAGGACGAGAUUGAUGAAAUCACCAUCCCCUCGUACGGCAUCGGUGAGAUCUGUGCUCGCGGUCGCCGCGGCAGUGAGGGCCGGCUGGACCUCUUCCACGACGAGGAAAAGAUCUGCGAAUUGCACUGGGAUAAUCGCCAGGGCAAUCGCGUGAACAUCGUCGAGAUGCUGGACAGUAAUAACAAGUAUCGUGUCGAACAUGGGGGAUGGAGCCCAGAGGCUGGACCUCUGGGCCACGUCUACAUUGACAUCUUGGAGCAGCAGAAGAAGAAGAAUAGCAAAUAACGGCGUUUGGGAUUUUGGAGUUAUCCGGCGAGGUCCGGAUGCAGCAGUGCUGCAAGGGAGGG